ACAUGUAAGCUGUAUCUAUCAGGUUGACAACAAUUGUUCUAACAAGAGGCCACCACCACAGAAAUUGGCGUUACCACCUCCUUUCUCUUCCGACCAGCCAAACUUAUUACACACAUGUACAUAAACUACACCUCUACUUUCACUUAACAAACGUGCCCACCACCACUUCAAAGCCCAUAUAAAAUAAAAUCUCUUUCCUUUAUUAUUCUCUCCAGAUCUCAUCUCUCUCAUGGCCAACCCUCUCUUUAUUCUCUUCUUCUUCAGUUUCCUCACAAACCCCUCUCUCUCUCAGCUUGAUGACUUCAGUUUCAGUGGAUUCAAGCAUGUAAGCAACAAUAUGAGCUUGUCUGGGAUAUCCCAAAUUCAAAAUAAUGGGAUUCUUAGGCUUACAAAUCAUACAUCAAGGCUUCAAGGCCAUGCCUUUUACCCAAACCCCAUCAAAUUCAAGAACUCAAGGACUGGAAAGAUGGUGUCUUUUUCUACUGCUUUUGCUUUUGCUAUUGUUCCUGAGUAUACAAAGCUUGGUGGGCAUGGCUUGGCUUUCACAGUGGCUGCUGAUAAAGAGCUCAAUGGGUCUUUACCAAGUCAGUAUUUAGGCCUGCUUAAUGCUAAUGAUAAUGGGAAUUUUUCUAAUCAUGUUUUUGCAGUGGAGUUUGAUACAGUUCAAGAUUUUGAGUUUCAUGAUAUUAAUGAUAAUCACAUUGGUGUUGAUAUUAAUAGUUUGGUUUCCAAUGUUUCUGUGAAUGCUAGUUGUUUUAAUAAUGGGGGUUCUGUAAAAGAGGAGCUUUAUCUUAAGAGUGGGAAGACAAUUCAAGCUUGGAUUGAUUAUGAUUCCGGGAGAAAUGAAUUGAAUGUUACUCUGUCUUUGACUUCUGUGAAGCCCAAGUUUGCAGUUUUGUCAUAUAAUGUGGACUUGUCUCCAAUUUUUCGAGAUUAUAUGUAUAUAGGCUUUUCUUCAUCAACUGGUUUGCUUGCGAGUUCUCAUUAUGUUUUUGGGUGGAGUUUUAAGAUUAAUGGGGAGGCCAAGUCCCUUGAUCUUUCUGCUCUUCCCUCUUUACCGGGUCCGAAAAAGAAUCACACCGCGUUGAUUGUAGGUGUUUCUGUAUCUGCUGUGGCUUUAGUUGUUCUUGCAGGUGUUUUGGCUUUGUAUCUUGUUCAUAAGAUCAAAAACAUGGACGUGAUUGAAGAUUGGGAGCUUGAUGUUGGGCCACAUAGGUUUUCUUAUAAGGAACUAAAAAAAGCAACUAAGGGGUUUAGAGACAAAGGGCUACUCGGGUUUGGUGGUUUUGGUAGGGUGUACAAAGGAACCCUGCCGAAUUCAGGAACCCUUGUGGCGGUUAAGCAAAUAUCUCAUGAAUCAAAACAGGGAUUAAGAGAGUUUGCAUCAGAGAUUGCUAGUAUUGGCCGUUUAAGGCACAGAAAUUUGGUUCAGUUGUUAGGUUGGUGUCGAAAGAAAGGGGAUUUAUUACUUGUUUAUGAUUACAUGCCUAAUGGUAGCUUAGAUAGAUACAUUUAUGAUGAACCCAAGAUGAUUCUUACUUGGGAACAGAGGUUUAAGAUCAUCAAAGGAGUAGCUUCUGGACUGCUAUAUUUGCACGAAGAAUGGGAACAGGCUGUGAUCCAUAGAGAUGUUAAAGCAGCAAAUGUGCUGUUAGAUGCAGAGUUAAAUGGUCGUUUAGGUGAUUUUGGACUGGCCAAGCUUUAUGAGCAUGGCGCAAAUCCAUCUACAACAAGAGUGGUGGGCACAUUAGGUUAUCUGGCACCAGAGCUUACACGCACAGGGAAGCCUACUACUAGCUCGGAUGUUUUUGCAUUUGGGGCCCUAUUGCUGGAAGUGGCCUGUGGAAGGAGGCCUAUUGAACCGAAAGCACUGCCUGAGGAACUUAUUUUAGUAGAUUGGGUGUGGGAUAGGUGGAAAGAAGGGGGUAUUCUAGACGUGGUGGACUCCAGAUUAGGAGGUGUAUAUGAUGAGGUAGAGGCUAUCAUGGUUCUAAAGCUUGGGUUGAUGUGCUCUAAUAACUCUCCCAUGACACGGCCUACUAUGAGGCAGGUAGUGAUGUUCUUGGAGGGAGAGGUGGCGUUACCUACCGUGUUGGCGCCUCUAGAUGAGUAUGAUAGCAGAAAAGAUAUUUCAUUUCAGUUUGAAGAUUAUGUUCAUUCAUACGCAGCAUCUUCUUAUUUUGAGAAGGUGAGCUCAUGGUCAUCCAUUGGUGAUGGGAGUGGUGAUGUCGAUGUUGAAGCUGGUUCAACUUCGUCCCUCUGUGGCAAGGGGGACAGCAGAUAGGCGAUAGCCAUAGAUAAUACCUUGGUGCAGCUUUUUAGUAUCAGGUUUAGCAGUUUUUGUUUCUUUUUAUCUUACAUAUAAUGUCGAUGUAAUACCUACAUCAGAUUCAUAGCAAUGUAAAUUAAGUAGGUAAUCAAGGUUACCAGAGAAUGGGAUGAUGCUAGUUUUGUGUACAGUUGUUUAGGAUAUAGAAUGUAAUACUGCAAUAUCAAAUGAUUAGUGGAUUUAUGAUUAUUAAAGGAGUCAA